AUGACAGUUCGUGAUGCACUGAACACUGCCAUGGAUGAAGAACUUCGAAGGGAUGAAAAAGUUUUUCUCAUGGGGGAAGAAGUGGCUCAGUAUGAUGGAGCUUACAAGGUGAGUAAAGGACUAUGGAAAAAGUAUGGAGACAAAAGAAUCAAAGACACUCCAAUUACUGAGAUGGGAUUUGCUGGGGUAGCUGUCGGAGCAGCAAUGGCUGGUUUGAGACCCAUUUGUGAAUUUAUGACAUUCAACUUUUCUAUGCAAGCUAUUGAUCAAGUAAUCAAUUCAGCAGCCAAAACGUUUUACAUGUCUGCUGGAAAAGUCUCUGUUCCAAUAGUGUUUCGAGGCCCAAAUGGUUCUGCCUCAGGGGUAGCUGCUCAACAUUCUCAAUGUUAUGCUGCCUGGUAUGGUCACUGUCCUGGUUUGAAGGUUUUCUCCGUAUACAACUCUGAAGAUGCCAGAGGAAUGUUGAAGACUGCCAUCAGAGAUAAUGAUCCUGUAAUUGUCCUUGAAAAUGAGUUGAUGUAUGGAGUGACAUUUGAGGUAUCAGAUGAAGCACUCUCUGAAGAUUUUCUCAUACCCUUUGGAAAAGCUAAAAUUGAGAGAGCAGGUAAGGAUGUGACGAUAGUGUCCCACUCAAGAAUGGUUGGAUUUUCACUGGAUGCUGCCAAGGAACUCGAACAGGUGGGCAUAGAUUGUGAAGUUAUCAAUCUUAGAUCCAUCAGACCCAUGGAUGAAGAAACUAUUAUACAAUCUGUCAUGAAGACUAAUCAUUUGGUCACUGUUGAAGGCGGGUGGCCGCAAUUUGGUGUCGGAGCUGAGAUUGCAGCAAAAAUUAUGGAAGGCCCAGCCUUCAGUUACCUAGAUGCUCCACUAAUACGAAUCACUGGAGCUGAUGUUCCUACUCCAUACGCGCAGUUGCUUGAACAGAAUGCGUUUCCACAAGUUCACAAUAUCACCAAUUCCAUAAAACGCCUACUAAGCAAAAAAAUUGCGUCUAAAGCUUAA